AUGCGGAUGCUCCUCCCGCUCCGGCCCCCGCCGCCCGCCGUCGCAAACCAUCUCUCAACCGUGCAGAGCCGUCCUCCUCCGCUGCUCCGCUCUCGCCGCGCGGCCGGUCCUCCCCCGCCAUCCGCCGCCGCCGCCGAGUUCCCUGCCGGACCGGUUCCGGGCGCUGGUGCGCAGAUGCCGCCGCGCCGGCGCCGGACCGUGGCCGGCAUCGACCAGGACGACCUCCUCGACCCGGAAGCGCUCGCCGACCCGGACAGCUGCUUCUACGAGAUCAACGGCGUCAGGGUCCACCACAAGGUCUGCGCCCACGACAACGACGGCGACCAGUCCCCAGGCUCCUCCGUCGCGAGGACUAAAAUCGGGCUGCCCAUAGUGCUGCUGCACGGCUUCGGCGCGUCGGUGUUCUCCUGGAGCCGCGUCAUGCGGCCGCUCGCCCGCAUCGCCGGCGCCAAGGUUCUCGCCUUCGACCGGCCGGCGUUUGGCCUGACUUCCCGGGCUGGCUGGUCCGGCGAUGACACCAAGCCCCUCAACCCCUACUCCAUGGCCUUCUCGGUCAUGGCCACAUUGGCGUUCAUAGACCAACUCGGCACCGGGAAGGCCGUUCUUGUCGGGCACUCAGCUGGUUGCUCUGUCGCUGUGGAAGCAUACUUCGAGGCGCCGGAGCGGGUGGCGGCGCUUGUGCUGGUUGCACCGGCAAUUUUCGCACCAUCAAAGAAAGGCAACCCGGACAGCGGCGUCGGGGAGCAGCAAGGGCCGGAGGAUAAGGAUUCUGAUGAUAGCAGUGCACCAUCAAAUCCAUUUGCUAGGAUUUGGACAGGAUUUCUUGGCAUGUUUAUGUGGCUUGCAGGGCUUAUUCUGAAGGCGGCAAUGGCUGUGCAGGAUAUGGUCAGUGCUUUGUCUCGUAAAGUUCUUGUCGCUUUUCUCCGAUCUUCACUAGCGGCGGCUAUGGUGAGAUUGGUCAUGGAUAAAUUCGGCGUAACGGGUGUCCAUAAUGCAUGGUAUGACCCAAGCAAAGUAACUGACCAUGUUAUUCAAGGCUACACCAAGCCACUAAGAUCCAGGGGCUGGGAGAAGGCUCUGUUGGAGCACACUAUAUCCAUGAUCACAGAUACACCCAAGUCAAAAGUGCCCGUCUCAAAGAGGCUCUCUGAAAUCUCAUGCCCAGUGCUAGUGGUGACUGGUGACACCGACCGACUUGUUCCAGCUUCGAAUGCUGAACGCUUAGCACGCGCCAUUCCUGGUGCGACAUUUGAGGUGAUCAAGAAUUGUGGGCACUUGCCCCAGGAGGAACGAGCUGAAGAAUUUCUUUCAGCCGUCGAACGAUUCCUUCAGGGAGCUUUUGGAACUCCAGUUGAGCAAAUGUUCCAACCAGCUGUGUGAUUAUCCAUGCUCCUAAAUGCAUAUGCAGAAAACAUGGACAUGCAGCCCUGUCUCAACAGGGGUAAAGA